AUGUUGACAUUCUUUGUCUUCCUCCUCAUUUGGGCUGAUACCAAUACGGCCAAAACACCUCUUUUCUGCAAUACGCAACAGAACGCCAGUAUCAAGAAAGUUUCACCAUUGGAUCAUGUUGGCCAAGCACUAGAAAUCAGGCAAUACAUUGUGGACGACGACCUGAAUACUUCCCAAAACAUCACAAAGGGUAUAUACCGACCUCGUCUUGGAUCUGAUCAAUUUCGGUUGUUAGAGAUCCUCCCAGGUAUCAGUAAUGUUAUUGAAGCCAGGCUUUGUGUUUGCAAUAUCUCAAAGAAUGCUAUGGCAUACGAAGCUCUAUCAUACACUUGGGGCAGCGGGGAAGUAGCCCAACAUGCAAAGAUCCGGGUCGAAGCAAAUCAGGAACAUCAUAUAAUCGGUAUAUCAAGAAAUUUGCAUUCUGCUUUGCUCGGGCUGCGACGAACAGACUCGUCAAGAGUUAUAUGGGCAGAUGCAAUUUGUAUCAAUCAAAACAAUGUGCGUGAGAAAGGCCAACAGGUACAAAUGAUGAGGACAAUUUAUGGCAACGCAUACCGUGUUAUUGUUUGGCUUGGCGACGAGUUUGACGAUGAUCAUUGUUAUCAACCCAUGCUUGGAGACCCACCUCCGACAUCAAAAAGCCUUGAUAGUGUAUGUUCAAUCGUCAAUGACUGGCUUCUUCAAAAUAAUGAGAAGGAUGUUGAGGCGACAUACACUGAAGAAGUUCUCAGUAACAGCUCGUCUAUCAUCACCCACCAUAACAAGGGCAAAUGCAACUUCAACACACAGGAUUGGGACUAUCGUCAAGAAUAUCGUCGCCGUCAUUCGUCUUUGUUGAACCUUUUUCAGCGGCAAUGGUUCUCGCGAAUUUGGGUCAUACAGGAAGCUGUUCUUGCCAGGAGCGCUAUUGUCCAACUAGGACGAUAUCAGAUAGAAUGGGAAUGGAUCGGACUCGCAGCAUCUAUCAUUCUUCAUAACCCGAUUGUUGACCCAAAUGGAGCAGGCAAGAUAGUACCAAGUGGAGCGGCAAACGCGUAUCUGAUGUAUCGACUGUCAGCAUCACAAAGUUGUUUCCCACCGCUGAAGUUCACAUUCGCUGAACUGCUUCGCGCUACCAGAUCAUUCCAAUGCAAAGAGGAACGGGAUAAGAUCUACGGACUGACCGGCAUCCAGACAACAGAUGGCAUCAACGAGAAGAUCAUUCCGGAUUACAGCAAGGAAGUCAAAUUGGACAAGGUUUACCAAGAUACAGCAUGGCUACUUCUGAGAGGCGAAUCACCUCUAACGCUGCUAUCCUCAGCAAUGGUAUCCAAUCGUGGAGGGGACUGUCAUCCAGGCUCAUGGAUCCCCAAUUGGGGUCAGCGCCAACCAUGGACUAUCCUUCCUGUCCAACCCCAUCCACGAUUUCAGUGUGCAACCAACCAUCCAUCAGGAAUCAUCGGAAACGAUCAGACGGCAAAAUUGAUAGUUGAGGGUGUGGUUGUGCAUCGCAUCAAGGCAGUAUGGGACACGGAUGUGCAUUGUUACGAGCAAGAGAGAAAAGCCCAAUACUUCCUCCGGAAGCCCAGAUGGAGUGAGUCGGAUUGGCAAAAGUGUGCUCUCAGCUUGUCAUGUGGUGGUGAUGGUCGAGGCUACCCUGUGAACAAUGCCAGCACACACCUUGCCGACCUGGCAGCUGCAGUCCUCUCUCUACAUCGAGAAUGGCUCAUAUACAACCUCCUGGCGUUCGAGACGGUCAUCGAGUCGAGACUGGAUGACAUGACACAAUUCGACUUCCUCGCCGAUGUUGCCAAGGACGGGAAUGCCAGUCGAUUCAUUAACGCCAUGGCACCUCUGCGUCGCAAUUACAAAGCUUUCGUGACCGAGCUGAGCAUGUUCGGUGUUGGACCUGUGUCUAUGAAAGAAGGUGAUGUACUUUGUGUGUUGUUCGGUGCCGCGGUACCCUUUGUACUCAGGCCAGUUCAAGACGGAUACCAUCUUGUUGGCGAGUGUUAUGCCUUUGACUUGAUGCACGAAUUCUUUAAACAGAGCCAUGAAGCUCGUGAGCUCGCAGUGGAUACAGCACCCGCUGGUGGGUGCCCUGAGGAUGUCUACUGGUUCAAACUAUAG